AUGAGCUCGAUGGACCUCGAAACGCUGCUCAAGCGCCACCAUCCCGCGGCAGAGGCAGGAGCCCCCAGCGGCGGAGGAGCAGGCGCGGCAUCAGGCUGCGCGUCGGCACACCAAGAGGCACCAGACAAGAAGAAGCAGAAGCUCGCGGAGAUGGCAGAGGCAGCAGACGAGGCCCUCCUCUGGGCCGUGGGCGCGCUCAAGCAGAAGGACAUGCAGCAGGGUCUCAUGGUGAUCAAAGCAGGCCGGGCAGCAGGCAAGCAGUGCUCACAAGCAGCGCAGAUCGAGGCUCUCAAACCGCAGCUGGGGCCACCUCAUUUGCACAUCGCGCGCGCCGCGUACAAGUGCCUGGCGGAGUCGACGGCGCUGCAGACCAACAAGCCGCAGGCGCAUCUGAUAGCCGACGCGUUCUACAGGAAGUUCGCGUCGGUGGCCUCAGUCAAAGAGCUCGCGCUGAUG